AUGGGGCUCAGCAGUUUUCUAUGGAACUGUACUAAAAAAUUCGCCACAGCUGCUGUCAUCACUGUGACUGUGUCUGAUCGUUUUGCGAGUGUUGUUCCUGUUCGAGGUGGCUCUAUGUCUCCCACAUUAAAUCCUAAAUCCGGUUCUCAAAUGGGAGAUUUUUUUGAUGACUAUGUCUUGGUUGAGAAAUUUUGCCUCGGGACGUACAAAUUUUCAAAUGGCGAUGUGGUGGUCUUCCGCUCACCAAUGAAUCACAAGGAGACACUCAUAAAGAGAAUAGUUGCAUUACCUGGUGAAUGGUGUGGCGAUCAUUAUAACCAUGAUGUGAUUCAGAUUCCACCAGGACACUGUUGGGUCGAGGGAGACAACGCAGAUUCUAGCAUGGAUUCAAGGUUAUUUGGACCAAUUCCUUUGGGCCUAAUUCGGGGAAGUGUUACCCACGUUGUGUGGCCUCCUCAUAGAAUAGGAGCUGUCGAGAAGAAAACUCCACCGCAAGGAUUAUCUUCUGUGUUGGAAUAA